AUGAAAAUCCAAAUAGAGCCAGCACAAUUCCCCGAAGACGCCGAUUCCAUCCUGUCAUUAUUUUCUGGCUAUGCCGCAUCCCUCGGCAUCGACCUCACCUUUCAAUCUUUCCAAGAGGAACUUGACUCUCUUCCUGGGAAAUAUGCCCCAUCACAAGGGGGAUCUCUCUUAAUCGCACGAGCAGACACCGGUGCAAAUAACAUGAACGGACUAGUCGACUCAAUAUCUUCCCGGUUUCCCUUUGCCCUCGGAUGUGUGGCACUCCGGCGCAGCUCCGAUGAUUGGUGCGAGAUGAAGCGUCUGUAUGUUCUCAAUGAAGUUCGUGGAGAACGACUGGGUGAAAAACUCGUCGAAGCGAUCCUCGCGCAAGCAAAAGAAUUGGGCUACCGCGGGAUGCGCCUAGACACACUGCCUGAAAUGACAGUGGCACAACGGUUAUAUCGGAAAUACGGAUUUGUGGAUAUUCCACCGUAUUAUGAUACUCCAAUCCAAAGAACGGUGUUCAUGGGGUGUGAGUUUUUAUGA